AUGUCCGCCAACUCGCUCGCCGCCCUGCGCAAGUCGCCCCAGAGCGCCGAGCUCGCAGAACUCGCCGAGAAGCACCUAGAGCAUGACCUGAAGCCCCAGGACCGAGACGCCCUCAAAUCAGCUGCGGCGAAGGUCAGCUUCCAUGCGACGGUCGGCUCGCUCGUUGGUCUAGGCCUUGGCGUCUUCAUGGCCUAUCGUCUGCGCCGCGCUCGCGCCGACAUGUUCGCGGCCUUCCGCGCUGCUGAAAAGCCGACCCAUGUCCAAUUUGCCGACGGCCGAACAAAACCCAUCCCCAACAUUGCGCCCUUCCUGAAACCGUCGACAGCGGGCGACAUCGCGACGUACGGUCUCCUUGGCCUCGGCAGCCUAUUCCUCGGUGGCGAGACGGGCUUUCUGACGGGCUCAUGGUCGGCGACGUGGGCCAUUUCUCGUGACGCCGAGAGCAGACAGCGCAUCGAGACGGCCUUCCGCCGGUUCAGGGCCGAUGUGCUGCGCAAGCAGGCCGAUCAGCUAGACGGCGGAUCCAAGAUUACCGAUUUCCUGUCAUUCUGA